UGGUACUCCAGACUAAUUAUGAACCAGUCUUGUUGCACAAAGCUUACAUCUAAGUUAGUGAAAUAUAAAUUGUUUUAAGGUUAUUCCAAUUUGAUUGAUUUUGUGUUUAUUUCAUAAGACAUGUUAAAUAUCCCGUAAAAGUCGAGUGCAGUCAGUCACGCCACGCAUAUGGAAACGGUCUUAAAGCAUAUCUACCUUAGAAUUCGUUUCCAAAAUUCUCUGAUAUACCCGUAAGCCGUGCCCUUAUAGACUUACGGCACUUAAUUGAAUGCAGAUGUGCAGUAAAGAAAUAAAUAAAUACAUCUGGCAAACCUGAAUAAUAUUCUAUGUGCUGGUAAAAAUUGUAUCUUUAAUAUUUGUUAAGUAUCACACCCGGUUAAAAUGGCGGCUGUAGCCACGCCCAUGAUGAUCAAUGCCGCAAUGCGUCGUUCGUUGGCGCAUGCGUCCCGCGGAUCUCAUUAAAUGUGCCAACUUAAGCAGGCGUGAGGGAGUAGGGGUGAGAGGGGAAAGGGGAAAGGCCUUCUCCCGAACCCGCCGCACGGAGAUGCAAGCCUCAGUGUUAGCGGCACUCUGGAUGCGUGCUCUCGCGUUUGUUAUUUAUUCUUAUGACUGUAUAUAAAUGUGUUCGAGAACAAAGAAGUAGCAGUCUUGGCAAUACUAAUUCAAAUCUUCAGAUUGGGUGAGGUCCUUUAAUUAUAACUCUUAUUUUUUAUACCUUAAAAAGUUAGAAACCUGUUCAAGUCACACGGCUGUCUUCUUCUAUUAAUUUGGCGGUUUGAUUUUAAUUGUACCUUAAUAGAUACCUGGCAUUAAUAGAGCUUUUAUGUUGUUCACGUUUUGGAUAUUUUGAUGUGAGCUAGGUAUUUCAAUUAAAUAAACGAUUCCAUGGAUAUUUUAUGAUGAUAGGGUAUUAAAGAAAUAGCAAUAUUAAAUAACUUGCUUGUCCAUUUUUUCACAAAUGAAAAAAGUUACUAUUUUUUGAUUUUUACGACGAAUUAAUUGUAAUUUAUCACACUUGGAUAAAAUGGCGAAAAAAAAUACCCCCAUGAUGCUCUUUGCCGCAAUGCGGAGUUUGUUGGCGCAUGCGUCCCGCAGCCCUAAUUAUAGUGCUAGUUCAGGCAGGGUACCGGGAGGGAGGCGGGCUCCCCCCACCCACCGCGGGGAAAAGCAAGCCGCAGUUCUAUCCGCACCCUUGAUGCGUUGUCUCGCGUAAAUUAUUUGUCUCGCGACUUAAAAAGAAUAUGCAAUACUUUAUCAAGGCUCCUUUCAUGAUGCCUCUUCAAGGAUUCUGCUUUAUCUUUUAAAUACCGCCCAGAAUUAAUAGUAAAAUUCAGCUUAAAGUUUAUAGUGAAAUUCGAAUUAACAUUCCUCUUUUCAUCAUGUUUUUCCAUAUAAAUAUUAUAUUAAACCUUGUUUAAUGUUAAAGUCUUAAUUAAUUGUUACGUAUCACACCCGGAUAAAAUGGCGCUUAUGGCCUCCGUGACGAGUAAUACUGCAAUGCGCCAUCCUUUAGCGCAUGCGUCCCGCGCCCCUCAUUAAAUGUGUCGACAUAGGCAGGGAGUCAUCGGGAAGACGCCUCCACUCGACCCGCCGCGGGGAAAUGCAUGCCUCAGUUUGAACGUUACAGCGAAGAUCCGCAGUCUGUACGACGCCCAACUGCGGCUGACUCACAAUAUCCAGCCAUUGCCAUUGGGCACUGAUAUAGCCAACACCAUCAAAUAUUUCUCGCAGACGUUACUCAGCGUUCUUAAAGAUGUCCCACGCUCCCCUCUGGAGAUGCUCCGAGAUGCGGACAACGACGGUGACCGGAUGGCAUUGUACCCAAACCUGGACUAUAAGAGUCUGUUCAACGCAAUAUCAGGGCUCGUCGAUGCCACCCCACAUCUACAAUACGGCACUCAGGCAUUCGGCCAAUCGGUCCUGCAGUGUCUGGGUUGCCUCCUACCGUUCCUGGAGUACGAUAUGAUCGACAACCUGCCCUUCCUGGUGGCCUACUGCGUGGCCGUGUUCCCUGUAGCGCUGCACCAGGAGAUCUUGCAUCUGCUCUGCUAUUACAUCUUGCCGUUUACUAUCACACGCAAGUAUGCGGGAAUGGAGGAAGAAAGUCAGGCAUCGCAAUCUGUUGCGGCCAUCAUCAUGAUGGUAUUCCAACACUCCAGUAAUCCUGCCCACCACUGCCAGCUGCUAGAGUGCCUGAUGUCGAUGAAGCAGUCGGUGGUGAAGGACAUCCUGUGCGUGAUAGCGUACGGCACGUGGGGCGCGCGCCUGUCCGCCGCCAAGCUGCUGUUCUACUACUGGCCCCCCUUCGAUGCUAAGCUCUUCGAUCGAAAGGGACUUCUUUGCAAAUUCUCUAACGACCUGGUCCCGUUCCUGUGCCAGCGCGACAUGUGUCCUAACGCGGGCUCUGCGGAGGCUGCCAAGGUGUGCUACGACCACUGCAUCAGCGUCACCUUCGCGUCCGACUCCCCGCCGCCCCUCUAUCUCUGCAUAGAGUGCGCUAAUGAGAUCCACAGGGAACAUCCUAACCAGCGUUUCUUUGAUAUUCUUCACCCUCAGCAACAAGUUUCCAUGGUUUGCGAAAAUAAGAAUUGUCGCUCAACAGACAAGGCUGCGUACUCUAUUUGCUUCUCCAAUGAGUGUGCCAGCUAUAACGGAAACCAUCCUAUUAGAUACUGCCAGCAAUGCCAUGGCAACCGUCACAACAGCCGCCGCGGCGGUGACCACGUGGUCCACACGCGGCUACCUCUCGCCUGGCAGAUGGACAGCGACAUGCAAACCAAUCUUGUAGAAGCCAUCAUCAGCCUCUUGAAAGAAGCCAAGCCGAUCAACAUGGAAGACCCGGACAGUUCCACUGAACAACUGAAGCCUCCACUCAGCGUUGAACUACCCGAUCCCAUCUCUGUUGAAGAUCGACAGCUUCUAGGAAGAUAUGGAGUGUGGCUGAUGGUGGGUCUCUGUACCCCGAACCCCGACACUCCUGAUGAAAUCCUUGGGCGUCUCCUAUCAGUUCUGUUCCACUGGUUCCACGUCACGUCCUUCUCGUAUACGGGUGAGACAGCGAACACUGUGGAGAAGCUGAAGGUAUCCCACGUGUGCGGCUGGCUGCGCAGCAUCGCGGAGUCGCACCGCGGGGUGCUGGUGGCCUGCCUGCUGCCGCACCCGCCGCACUACACGCGCCAGGCCGGCCACUGGGACCAGCUCGCCUCCAAGGCACACCAUCUCAAGGAUGGACUCAACCGGUUAUAUUGUUUGAUCCCGUACGGUGUCAUCACUCAGUCCAUCUGGGACUACAUCAUGCCUGCUUGGAUGGAAGCCAUCUGCACCGAUGUUCCUGAGAAAGAACUGAUGGAGUUAAAAGUGCCAUUAGGCAAGAUCUUGGAGCCGGAAGGUGCGAUGGUGGGAGUCGACGAGAAGAACCUGUACAAGUUCGCAGUGUUGAAGGUCACCAACACGCCUACCCCUGAUACUGUACUCCCGGUCCUCGAGUGGUUCCAGACCAUAUCGAUGUUGGACGUGAAGAUCCCUCUUUCUCAACUCUUCGAUCUAUUCAGCCACUGCGUUGUCAACCUACCUGAGAAGAUAUUUAAACCACCCACAGAUGGAACCAAGCCGAAAGACCCAAAAGAAUCUCCAAAUGAAAAAGACAAGGAUGACCAGAUGAAGCCACAGAACUUAACUUGUUGCAUACUCAUGCUGGAUAUAUUACUUAAGCAGAUGGAACUGCAACAACGUCGCAUCAACAGUCAGAACGUGAGCAGUGAGGCGACCAAACUCCUGCGCUUGAUGCUCAAGUCGAAUCAAACCAACACCAUUGAACAUGCGGUGUGCCUGGCGGAGGGCGCGUGCUCGUACUGCGAGGCGGCCGCGCUGUGGCACCAGCUGGCCGUGCUGCUCGUGCGCGCGCUCGUGCCCGACAAGCCCAAGCCCGCGCCAGAGCCAUCAUUCGACGACAUAUGGGCUGAGUCCCAGUCCCACAAGGCCGCCAAGUCGGAGGAGGAGCGCAGCAAGUCGGGCGGGACGCCGGCCACGUCGGUGGACGCGCUGCUGUCGCUGGCGGCGGCGGCGGGGCCCGAGCGCGAGCGGCCCAGCGUGGGCGGCGUGCUCGUGCACAUGCCACACUUUGUUCAUUUCAUGCAACUCUCUCUCAUAAGCGACGUCGGCUCGGAUGCCACGAUCACUAAAUCGUCAGGCGACACGCAAAUAAUGACGGCCACGGUGGAGACUAUCACGGAACAGCUGGACAUGGCCGUGUCGCUGCCGCCGACAGACGCGCCCACGCUGGCUACUGCGCACACUGUGACCCUCACUGAUACGGAUGUGGCCACCGCUACUGCUGAUGUAUCAACCCCCAACUUACUCGGUGAUCAUGAGGCCAUGGCGGAGUCAGUAGAAGAUGAUAUGACGAACUUUUGGCCAACGUCUGCUGGCAAGUUCCACUUCUGUAUCGAGGAGCUGCCUCAAGAGUUGCAGUACAUACAUCAGCUGCUACAAGAGUUGAAGAGCACCUCUCGCCCGGACGUGUUGUACCACCUCCUGCAAUGCCUGCAAGUGUUGGUGUUGAGCACGGACGCGCUCGCCGAUCACCGCGGCUUCCUCAUCUGGUGCCAGGAGAACUUGCUUAUAGACAACCUAUGGAAUGUGUGCAACGCCUCCCACUCGCACAUAUGCUCGGUCGCAGUACCAGUGCUCUUGCAUUGCGUGACCCUCGCCGGCGGAGCUGACGUGUUCUGCAACCUCAUCAGAGAUCAGUUCCAUCAUCAUGAUUAUCAUGUUCGCUUCACUGCGGUUGAACGAGUCACUAUUAUUAUCAGGUUCAUGGACGGGUCUCCGGUGAAGACAAGCCUCCCACUUCAGACUGCGCUGGCCACCGCCUUCUGCUACCUCAUCUCCAGUAUGGACGACAUCAACGUGUAUGUCGCGCAGCGCUCCACCCUGUAUAUCGGGACUAUACAUGAUAACGCUAUUGAUCUUCUCCUAUACUGUCUGGAGACUCAGUUCGACCUGGUCAUAGUGGACAGACCAAUGAUCCUACAGUCCAUCUACCAGCUGCACAACACUCUCAGCGACCGCAAGAUCCUCACGUGGGAGUUCUUCCUCAAUAGAUUCGAAGCUCUGUUCCUGGAAGCACAGAUUAAUUCCAACAAGACAAUCGAUUUCUCCAAUUUGAGGGAGCUGGUGAGCAGUGAGACGAGUUCUGAGUGGUUCCUGUACAAAGUCCGUCGCGCUCACGAGGCCCUCAGCGUGUCGGCUAGGGACACCAAUGUGAACACCCUCAGCGCCUCCUUCGGGACCAAGUGGCCGUACAAGAGGACGAUAUCCGCGCCCGCUACUAUGCCGCCGCAUCCCGAUACCAGACAUGAGCGUGAGAAAGUCUACUCGCGUCAGUACUCAGCCCCGCUACUGAAGCGCAAGACUUCUCGCUUUGGGUUGGGACAGUUGCUAGCCGCGCCGCAGCCGCUCGGCAACACACAAAGAUCUAACAACUCUCAUGAUGGUUUCCACUCCCUCUCCGGCCGCUCGGACGAGACAUCGACUACAGUCCUACCUAAAGCAGUGGACUUGGAAGAGGCAGACAGGGAGACAACUAACUUACUGGUGUUCUUGCUCAUGCAGUUCCUGUCCAGAUCUGAUCAAGCGCACCCCAUGGAAGACAAACAGUCAUCUAAGACGCAGGAGCUCGUCCUCAAGCAUCUGUUCCUUCUACUCGGAUACAACUCUGUGGAGAAAUGCUUUCACAUCUCUCCGUUUAUAUUGAGACAAUCAUCAAUAUUCAACGCAUUUAUGGCGAACCUGCCACAAGUACUUGAUCAGAACCAUGUGAUGGGCGCCAGUAUUGCUGAACCAACUUUGCUGCUGCUGCAGUACUGCUGCGGCGCGGGCAGCAGCGCGUGCGGCGCGGGCAGCACGCAGUCGCUGGGCGCGCUGGAGCCGCACGUGCGCAGGCACUGGCUCAUGGCGCUACUGGUCGUGCUCUACAAGUACCACUACGGCAGCGGCAGCGUGUGCGCGAUGGUGCAGUCCCUCAUCCGCGUGGUCCUCAACACCGUGGAGGCGCAGUACCACCAGUGCAAGAGGAUCCCACCCAUGAUCGUCAUGCCGCACACCACCAGAACUAGGGACCUGAGCCAGCCAUCCCUGAAGACGGAGCACGCCGCGCCGCCGCCCGCCGCCAGCCCGCUGCCGCCCGCCGAGCGCGCCAAGCCCAAGCUGCAUCACAAGUCGCCCGCGCACAUGCACACGCACUGGGAGGAGCCCGCCAAGACCAACAAGUACCAGCAGUGGAGCCUGGAGCAGGAGUCGUCGGAGAGCGAGCUGAUCGCGAUCCCGGAGACCAGUGACAAGUCUGACACCACCGUCCACGGCAGUACGGCGCCGGGUUCAUUCGACGAGCCGUCACACUAUGAGGACCCGCCAAAGGUAGAAACGCCAGCCACUACUACCGCUUAUCCACCGCUCAGUAAAAUAACAGCCAUAGGGUCCCGGUCAGCGCACCAGUUGUCGACCAGCUCAUCCGUGUCUAUUGGCAGCGAUUCUUCCAACUUGAAAUCAACACCCAUGAGUGGUCAGUCAGUGGAGAUCUGGCCGGAUCAAAUACACCAGCAGGCAUCGCCGCGAGCCAAGAUACUAGGCAAGCAGAAGCGGAUUAUCGUGGGUAGCAGUACUUCCCCCGACACGGCGCCGUCAUCGAACGGAGACAAUCAGUUCGGGCAGUGGCCACAUGCGCGAUCUCCACCGCAACAUCAUAUCAAGAGUCCGGCCAAGAACGUGGGCUACGCGUACGCGUCGCCCGAGUCGCCGCUGUCCAAGAUGGAGGUGGCGUGGGCCGCUCCGCCGCCCGUACUCGCGCAGCACUCACACCAGCCCUUCCACAUCCCACCGCCAGAGAGAUUGCUACCUAUAGGUCCGAAGCCGAACAAGGAACAGUACCCAGUGUUCAACGCUCUUGUGGACCGCGUCAGGGAGGCGCUGAGUCUACCACCAGAUGAUUCAACGGACAAGACAGACUCCUCUCGCUCGGAUGGGGACGCCACUCCCACUCCCACCCCCACCAGCAGGCCCCACGAAUUGAAUAAGAAGAGUUCCACUGAGACCAGGUCACCAAGACGUCUAGCUCGGCAAGUAGCGCAGGCUGGUUCACCACCACACGCUGUCGGUAUGUACUUAUGCUAUAAUAAUAUCUCAAGUGUUUUGAAAAGCAGAAAGUUAAGUUUGCCUUUAAUAUUUUAUAACUUAUAUCCGACUAGCUUUUCACCCGCGGCUUCGCCCUCGUCAAGGCCGGUUAUAUCACGUUUCCAAGAAAACUCUUCAAAAGUCCGGGAUUUUCGCAUUUCUAAUAUUAGUAGGGUUGAUUAUAGUAUUAAUAUAUUGGUGUAUGUGUGUGUAGAGUGCGGAGGCUGCAGCGGUGCGUGGUGGGAGCGCGAGUCCCGCGCAGGCAGGCGGGCGGCCCACGCCCAGCCCGCCCCGCGCGGCCCUGACCCACAGCUGUGCUACCGAUGUGCAGAAUGCGGCACAGCAGCCGAACAAUACAGUGAUGAGGAAUUAGGACUCUGCAUCAUAGUGUUAGCCACUUUUGUACAUCGCGAACCAGCCGCCGCUGCCGGCAUGCUACCAGCACUCCUGCAUAACGUCAGCAGGGUAGUCCAACUGGGCAACUACUCCUGGCAGGCUGAGACCAACACCCGUCUACCGGGUAGCGCGGUGUUCGUAGCACACCAGUUUUUACGCUGCGUGUUACAUCAGCUCGCACCCAACAAUGUCUUCCUGCAAAUAUUCUUACAGAGGACACCCGAGAAACAACGUCAGAUGUUCUUUAAGAGCAUAGCGCAAGCAUUCGUGGACUUCAACGAGUUGUAUCCCUGUGGCCCACUGCAGUUGGUUGUCGAACAUCUCAACUCUAAGAAGACGUUACCAGUUGAUCAAAUAACAGUAAUAGCGGGCAACAUAGCCAUGUACCUGGAGUGCCUGGCCCCCGAGGCCCUGGGCCCGCUGAGCGCCUGCGCGGCCCUGGUGCAGCAGCUGGAGGCCCUGCUGCGCGCCGCCACCCUGCUCAUGCACCAGAUCGAUGACGUCAUGCCGCUGCUCAGGGCCGCUACUGCCGCGCUCAAGAUACCUGGGGCAGUGCAGCAUAAGAGCAUCCUAGAGCCUAUCUCCAAAAUCAUCCAAUACGGAGCUCAGAACUUCGUGCUGAAGUUAUCCGUGAUAUCCGAGAUGAGCCUGGUGUGUACCCGCGUGUUCACCCGCGACCGGGACAAGCUGAUGGUCUGCCGGGUGUUGGUGUACGAGCUGGUGCAGGCCUUGAGGACCAAGACCACCAUCCCGGAUGAUAACCUGUUUAUACUUAUACAGUUCGUGCUGCAAGGUCACGGCUGCCGCCUGGUGCUGCCGGCCCCGCUGUGCGGCGAGCUGGCGGGCGGCGGCGGCGAGGCGCGCGACGUGGCGGCCGGCGCCGUGGACUGCAUGCGCCCGCACCUGCCCGACAUGAUCGACCUGCUGCACGACCCGCAUCUGCUCAACAAGAUCAAGGGCUCUGUAUCAAAAUCAAUCGUGAACCGCAACUUGAUCUGCCUGAACGAGGACACCCUGGGCGCCAUCGUGAAGGGCGGCAUCGCGCAGUACGUGGCGAUGGAACUGGCGCUGGAGCACAGCCGCGGGCGGACUGACCGCGCCCCGCCCGCCCGACACAUGACGCCCUGGCUCAGCGCCUCGCUGCCGGGGUCUCGCGAGGUGUGCGAGUGCGUGACCCGCGUGCGGCUGAUCUCGUGGCUGGUGAUGGGCGCGCUGUGCAACAGCCGCACGCAGGCCCCGCACAGCGGGCAGCCGCAGCUGCACCAGCCGGUACCGCAGGACGCGACCUGCCACAUCACUGACUAUAUACAGGUGGGGACUCAAGAUACUAAAACAUGGUCAAAAAACCUUUAUUUCGACAUCGAUAUUUACGCCUCUGUAAAAUCAACUCAGCCAUCUAUCAGCCCCACUCCACACCCUGUUACCUCAAAUUUCAAUUACUCAAUCCUUCCGCAGACGAUAAUGUCAUCAUACGUGGAACAAUCAAAACCGGCGACGUCUCGUAUGAACGCUCUCUUGCACGCGUUCGUGCUAUGCCAGCUGUGGACCCUGUACCUUGAGGAGUUGGCAGGAGCGUCCCCACCCUGCAGCGAGCCCCACAACACGACAGUCUGCAUCCUGCUCGACUUCUGGUGCAAACUCGUGCCUAGUAUCCUGCAGGUCACCGUGCAGUCCAAAGUGCUGGCAGAGACGGUGAACCUUCAUUUCUUGAGCCUUCUGGAAUCUCUACUGGAGUGCAACUCCACUGUACUGAACAAGUUACUACCACUGUGGACACCAAUACUUCACUCACCGUUGUUCAAUAUGCCCCGGCACGUGUCUCAGCGCCUGUCGGUGUGCCGCGAGCUGCGGCCAGGCGCGGGCGCGGGCGCGGCGGGCGGGGGCGCGGGGGGCGCGGGCGGGGGCGCGGGCGGGGGCGCGGCCAGCAGCGCGGCCGCCCAGCGCCGCCUGCACCGCCUGCUGGCCAAGAUGGCACAGCUCGAGCUGCAGCCGCACUCAUUCUACUUCAUCUAGACCACGAAGCCAUGUGGCACAACAAACUGCGAGACUACCUACGAUCUCAAACAACGGCGCACACUCCACUUCGGCCACGCAUGAGCAACAGCGCACAUCACACAACUACGCCUGUGCAUCGUGUACUGCGGCACCAGCUACAUAACCGGCGCAUAGCUCCGCAUGCUCCUGUGUUCCUGGUCGCUGCAUAUGUAUGUACUUAGACUUAAGCUUCUGUCUACAUCUUCGAGGAAACGAAAAACGUCUUUGUAAAUUGUGAAAUUGUACCAUGUAUAGAAACAUAGCGAAAAUGUAUUUUCUUUUUAAUUAGUAUUUUGUUGUACAAAAAUAGCAUUUUAAUUACCAUUAUCGGUGAAGUUUGGUACUUGUAAUAUUUGCCUUUAAAAUCUGACCACUUGCAAUUACUAUUAAAGAAAUCGUUCGUUUUCGCUACGUUUCUUAUUUUCUAGGAUUUUCCACGUGAUGUUUUCAUUGUAUAAUAAUGACAGAAUUUUUAUUGCGACAUAUUGUAAAACUUCUAACUAAAUCUAAACAAAGUUGAGGGAAAAUUCAGUGAAACUAAUUACAAAACUUAAUCAAACGUAUCCACGUAUCUUAAUGAAUCAAAGAUAGGUUCUAUAAAAACGUCUAUUUAGGUCUGGAAAUUAGGCCAGAAAUGUAGCUAAACAUAGUCUAGCCCAUUUGACUUUAAAUCAUUUUGCGAGAACUAUCGGACUACAUUCAACUUGUGCCAAAUUAUAAGUGCCAUAUUAUCCCUUGUAAUAUGAAUAUCUUUGGAAUAGUCAGUUCCAUUUAAUAUACAAUUUUUUUUCUGUCGGUCAAUACUGACCUUGCUGGGUUGCCAGUACAGUGGUAGAGCACAUCUGUAAAUACAUCGGGCUAGCUCGACCGGGGAAGUACCACGCUCUCACAGAAAGCCGGCGUUUAGCAGUCGUUAUGCGUACGGCGAGUGAUGAGUUCCGGAGCCCACCCCCCCUCCUACCUACUUAAAAGGGGGUAGAAUAAGCCAACAACUCCUCUUUCCACUUCUGGAGUUGAACAUCUUUGGCCAAACGCGACGGUGUCAUUUACCAUCAGGUGAACCGCUCGUGUUUUCUUCUUGACUACAAAACUUCACUUGGACUGAAAACGACUUCUUUUUUACUGCUUUCUAUCAGUAUACACUUUCCUUGAUUAACAGUACUUCUUGUCGAAAAUGGUCCUAAAUGCUAGAUAAGUCAAUAUACACAUUGGAACGCUGUGAGUCUUGUUCCUCCCUUCACCUCUGUUUAGGGGUUAAGGGAUGCUUAGGAGUGACAUGACCAUUUAUAAUUUACCUUCAGGUAUCACGCUAUCCUAAACUUCUUCGAUAGAAACAAUGAAAAUACAAAAACGUAUUGAGAGGUCAGUGUAAGGAAACGGUAACAUUCAGAAGGAAAAUAUAUAUAUCAGUACUUUCUAAAAAAGUAUACACCAAAAAUUUAUAAGGGAAUUUUUACAACGGAAAUUUUAAGAACCUGUAAAACCUAACUGUUUUAAAUAACAACGGAAUGAAAUAUAACAAAAUCUAUUGUUUCGAUGAAUCUAUUAAACGAAGAAAAACACUUCAAUAACAGGCACAAACACAAAAACAUUCCAAACGAAAAGCGCAACUCAUUUAUGAAAGAAAAAUUAAAAAAUAAACAACUUUCGUGCAUCCCGAGUCUCCUAUUACUGAAUCUAAUAAACAAAUCGAUUUAUAUCAAAAGGGCAUGUUAAGCCAACUCCCUAGCCGCUUCAAUAGAGAGAGCUUACCAUCCAGCCUAGGUGUCUACAACCAGCUUAAGGUGCAGUUGUUGCAGUUACAGAAGCAAGACUCCCCAAAUGCAACAGUAAUUCCUCAAGAGUUAGUUUUAGUCGUCUGCGCCUUUUGAUAUGUUUCCUGAUAAUCAUGUGCCAGGCAUUCAAGUCAAGCACCCCAUACGGGAUAAUGACCAUAAUAUUAAUUAAUGUGUACGGAAAUAUAUGGAUUAAUGUUAACUACGAGAGAUGAUUACCAUAAAAUUGAGAUGAAAUAUACUUGUCUCUCAUCGCGCGCACUUUGCCACCAUUGCCGUUGGUAAAAAAAUACUAAUCUUGACAGAAUUGAAACAUGUCAAAUUUCAUAAGAAACCAGUAAGAACUAUCAUCUGAAAGUUUAUUCGACAUUUCCUAUCUGACUACCUUGAGAAUGAAUGUCGAAAAUAAAACAUCAAGCUGGCAUUAUAAACCUCUUUAUUUCUAUUUAUCUACCAAUGCCAGCGUAAGUUAUGAUAUUAUUUUCAUAUAGUAACUUCGGUAUGCUGCCACCGUAAUUCAAACAAAUCUUUACAUAGCCAAGUCAAUAUUUAAAAUUGUUAUAGGCAUUAUGGCUGAAAGCUCAACUCCCCUGUCAAAAUAAGGCAAUAGGUUGUGAACACUAGUGAGGGUACAAUAGGCCACGCCUCCUACUAACACAUAUCUAAAGUCUUAACAGGCAGGCAUCUGUCACCAUCAGAUCUACUUCAACGUGUCUGUUGGGGAACUUAUAUCUUAACGUAUAAUUUACGUACAUUAUACAGAAGCAUGUGACCUGUAACGGAAUACUCAAUCGGAUCAAUUGUAAAUCGCCUCAAGUCUCUGACUCGUUGGAGGCGUAUAUAGCAGAAAGAAAUUGAAGAUCGUACCAUCUUGGUGCGGUUGAGUAUUUGGGGUUUGAUUUACACGUUAGAUAAUAUAACUCAUCGGCAGCCUGGGAAUUCUUCAUGUGUGUAGCAUGUGGUUUGCCCAGGUAUGUCGCAGAAAAGCCCCGGGUGGUCGCCGUGGGUGACCACCUAAUGAAGUACCAAGACCGUUGUGCAUCGGAGAGCACGGUAAUCCUAAUCUCCCGACCGUCAUACUAAGGUCUUUGGCGGUCGUUACAUCAAUACCGUUUUGAUAACUCAUUCUGUAUGAUGUUAUUAUUAUCAAGCCAUAUAGAGGUUUACGCUUCUCAUGUACAUACAAUUGUAUGAUUAGUUAGUAAGUAGUUGCAGAGAUAAAUACUUUGAAAUAAAAAUUACGACGUGCAAUCUGGUUAAAAAAGAAGGUAGUAAAGAAUUAGUUUUAAAUGUGUCAUUGUAUGAUGGGAUGUAAAAGAUCAUUUAUUCAAUAGGUAUAGGAGAAAUAAUAGAUAGUUCGUUAACAUCCGUUGUAAAUAGCGUUUGGGUGAGAAGUGAGUGUUGAGCGACUGUAUUUCGAAUAUAUAGGGUUUGAAUAUCGUAGGUAAGAUAAGAAGCAAGCGCCGAUGAUGUAAACGAGUAGUUGUAAAUAUGAUAAGUUUAGGUCACAAUGUCUUUAGAGGAAACUCAGUACUAAAUAGUAGCAUUUUUUUUAACGUGAAUAUGAACAAUUUUUCUGCAAGGAAACCAACCAAUUCUCAAAACAACAAAUUUUGACUUAAACACAUAGCUUCACCUGAUACAAUUGAUAAGAAGACCUCUUUUUCCGAACUAACUUUCUAUUUACCAUUAAUUACAAAUAAUACGAUAAAAAUGUUUAACCUCAGAUAGUACUUGAACCUGCGACUCGUGGCUUUACCAGCUUAGGUCACCAUGGUAGAUCUCCAUAGGGUCGAUUUAGUCCAUUCACAUCUUGUGGUCGUAUGCGUCGAGUAGAGUCGAGUUCGAAUCCAGUCUGGGGAUUAAAUUGUUCGAUAGUAUUAUUUGUAUAUAUUGAAAUUACUAGCCGAUGCCCGCAGGCCCACCCGUUGCAUAUUGAAAAAGAUCCCACAUAAAAUCGUGAUAACAAGCUAUCAAAAUCAAUUAUUCGCGUUUAUAACAUUAGCAGGAUUACCCGCUAGCCAUCUCUUCUUCAAUAAAGGCUUGCUAUUGCAGAUAAUUGUUCAUACCCAUGCAUGGAAUAGAUUUAACAUAAAACAUAAUUUACAAUUAAGUGUGUACAUAUACAUAAACGACGGACGUAAAAGAAGUUAACAGAUUUGUAAGUAAUUAAACUACGUUAUUAGAUUAAGCUAGAAUAUGUUAGGCAUAGAACUAGGUUAACCUAUCCAGCUAGCAUCAAAAGUCACUGCCAGUGUUCUUAAGAUAGGAUUAAAUAGAUAUAACUAGAAUUACACCUUAAAUGUAUAUUGAAGAUUGGAAACUGGCCGGCUUGAAAAUAGUUAAUUUACAAAGAGAUUGUUGUAAAUAUAUCACAAUCUUAUAAAUCAUAAAAAUAGGUUAAGGCUUAGAUUUAAAAAAGCUUUAGGGACACUUACAUUGGUAGCUUUUUAUUCUUUCAAAACAGAAAAUUUUACAAAACAAUAUAAAAAACAUCAAUUUAAGACGGAACGAGUUUCGUAAAGUAGAUGCAUACUUAUUCGAUAACGGUUUAUUUAAGUUUAUUUAUCGGUGUUGCCCGACUAGUUUCGGACCCAAAUGGAGUCAUGAAACUAAGGUGACGGUGGCGUGCAACCACACCGUCGCGUCAGUUUAACUGCAGAAACUAGUCGUGUGAUGUCCAUAAAAAACUAAGUAAACUAUUUACGAAUAAUUAGAAUCUGCAUUUCAAUAAUCCAUUUUUAAACAUGUCAGAUUAAAAUACAGAUUUCAUUCUGUCACUGAUUUUACAAGAUAAAAUUUAUAUUUCUAAUACGUUUUAACAGCUAGGGAUUUAUCCUGUUUCACGGUGAAAUCAUAGAUAGACACGUAAAUCUACAAAAAAAUAACUUCUAAACUAAACCCAUUUCUGGGACAUUCAUGUGUAAUGGUGAGGUUUUAACUCGUCAUCCAAAAUAAGAUUCAACCUCAGCUAUAAGUGCAGUAAUAAAUAACUCAUAGCGUAAACUAAAAAUCAAAAUAGGCAAUUUAUUGAUAAAUAAUCUAAAAAUAUUCGACUCCUAACUAUACUUAAUACUUCAACAUAGUCUUAAACACUACACACACACCAACAUACGAAAUAAUUAAAGAACAAUAAUAAAAACAAAUUAAUUCAAAAAUUGCAACAACAUGUUAACAAAUUUAUUAAGAAAAAAAAUAGAGUCACUUUACUUACUAAUUUAAAUGAACGGAUCAUUAUUUGCAUAGGAUAUACUUAAAGUAAGGUACUAAUUUAAAUGAACAGAUCAUUACUUGCAUAAGAUAUAAUUAAGGAGAACACUGUACAUUGAUCGUCGAAGAAAUAAAAGAGGAUAAUAGAGACUAAGAUUUAAUCAGGGUCGUGUAAAUAAAAUAAGUCAGACUCUGUAGAAUAAGAAAAUAGGUUAAAAACUUCGAAGAUAUUUUCGAGUUAUUUUGGAAUGUUAUUUGUCUUGACGAUGGUUUUGUCUGUCUGUUUCGCAACAAAGUGUCGCUGCUCCUAAUAUGCCGCAAAGCCGUGUGGUACCCGGCAUAGAAUAGGCCACCCCGUUUCAUCCCACGGGUGUCGUAAGAGGCGACUAACGGAUGCUGUCACGAAUUAAAAAAAUCAAGCACGAAAAAAACAAUUACAGCCCAAUUACAGACCUAACCUCCAAAGCUCUAACUUGAAAGGAAAAAAGCCACAAAAAAAUCGCGGAUAACUUAUAAUGUCACAUGUGAAAGAAGUUGCUUACAAGUAAUAAAUUUAUAACAAAUUUAAACUAUGAUAAAGGUAACAAGAAUACAUCAUCUGUGAAAAUUUCAACUAUUGCGCUUUAUGAGAUGGAGCUUGAUUACAGACAGACCGACAGAUGGAUAAGUCAGAAGCUUUUGUAAUAUCAUAAACACGUAUGUUUGCGAGAGUGAAUGGAUGCAUGUUUGUAACACCUUAAAGCAAAACUGCUAAACGUACUUAACACAGGUUGGAAUUGAUACUAGCAACCGUUUUUCUGUUAUCAGUAAAACGAACAGCAGAUAGUUUGACAUGAGAUGAAACUACCACCACGCAUCAUCUAAAAGUUAUCAUGGUUUAAAAGGUCUAGCUAUGGCAAUAUCGAGAUGAAAUGAUGGAAGAUCGAUACACGCGGGGAAAACGAUGUUUGAUCAUACGACAAUUAUAUUCACGCGGGGUAAAAGGUGUUUAUUAUUGAAAUGAAAUAAAUUCACGCGGGUAAAACAGUAUUUAUAUCUGAGAAAAAAAUAUUUACUACCACUUCUGACACAGAACCAGGAUAACCAAUAUAUCGAACAAAUUAAAAAAGGUUGCUAAGUAACGCGAUGUUUGUGUAUGAGAUUGAAUGUAAAGACGCGGGGAAAACUGUGUUAAGCUUAAAGUACGAAUAAUUUGAAUGUAUUCUGUUCGAUUCAGAACAGCUGACUAUCGCAAGUCGCUCCAUCUCACCAGUUAUAAUAUACCACUGAUACUGGACAUUAAAUUGUUGAUUCAGACUAUCGGAAACAAAAUAGAAUCACGGUAUCAUCCAUAAAGAUAAUAAUGAUAAAAUGUAUCAAAAAAUUCAGCUCUCCAACUUAGACAGACAUGCAAGACAGAUUCAAGAUUCCAAAAUAAAUUCUAACAGUAGGUAUAUAAUAUAAUAACAAUAGAAUAGUUUUAAUUAAAAUGUAUAAAUACGAGAUCUGUACCACUUGGGCGAUUAUGAAGUUAGCAACCUUUAGAAUAUGAAUAAGCUGAGUAAGAUGAUAAGUAGGAUGAUUAAGUUGUACAUAUAAACCAAACGGAGGACUACUGAAACCAUAGAUUAAUUUAGUUUAGCUCGUAAGUACUAUCCCGGGAUGUAAACCCAUUCACUUGUCAGUAACACCGAAACAAGUUCACUUAACAUUACUGCUUGAAAUAACUACAAUCAAAGGCUUGUUUCCACAGCACAUAGUAAACAAGAAAAUAUUUCGAACCAUAGCGGGUGUACCCGGAAAAUUCGCAUCGUUAUAAUACCAAUGAAAUUUAAACAAAACAGAAUCGGAAUUAUCAGAAACUAUUCAUCAAAUCCUGAUAAAAGUACCUUAGAAAUGGAAAAGCUGAAAAUUUAAAGUUUGAACUUGUUUCAAUAAAACGAUCCCGUGGAGAAUCUAGUGUAGGUUACUAGUUAAGAAGUAAGAUGUACAUAUAUUUGCAUUUGCUAAAACCGCAGUUUCUGAGGAAAAGUUGGUAGCCAAGAUUGUGACGACAGAGUAGGUAAAUUAGGUACGGCCCAUGGCACACGUCUUAUGGUGAAAUAGACUGUAAGGAUUAGGUUAUUAACUACAGGUAAAGAAAGAACCGGCGCACACUACAAACCUCAAUAAAAAUGAAAGACAGUAACAUUCAUAAAAAGUAGACAACUUUUCUCGAAUACCAAAACAUUUCAAAACCAAAUUCAAGCCAAACCAACCUAGACGUUAUAAGCUUUUGCGAUAUUUACGAACAUCAAGUCAUUUUUAUUAACAUCUCUAGAUAUAGGUACCUAACUGACUGUGAAAUUCCUAAUAACAAGCAUAACUUAACGCCAAAGAACCUCAGUAUUAAAUUCGACAUAAUAUCGUAAAGAGAAAUAAGUACACUUUUGGAAAUAACCAGAGGAAAUAACCAUAAUAACUCGAACUACCUCCGAUUGCUGUUAGUAAGUAAGUUAUUUAGAAACACAAUCUGCCUCAAAGUAUCCGAUAUAUUCCCGAAUAACCUAUUUGUGACACUUAAACUUUCCAUGAGAUAUCAAGUGAAUGCGCUCACCAGUAGGUCAAUACAAGAUUAUGCCCAGGUCUACCUGUGGUACGAAAGCCCUAAACAAACUACUACGCAGGGUAUAGCUAUAAUUCUCUCGAUCUUGCUCUAACACCCGCAAGUUUUGAAUGUAGAUGCAAACCUUCUUGCUUCAUCUGUUUUAUUCAUCCAUUUUUAUUGUUUUUGUAUGCCCAGGCAAACAAAUACAAAAAUUAUGGAUAGUAUUCAAACUAACGGAGCACGAAUCUGGCGCACUGUUGACGCUUUUCAAUCUGGCGUAACGGACAGCUAAUGUCCAUAUGACUGUGAUAGACGUGUGGUGGAAGUCAAGUCCCACAAAUAGUUUUGUUGGGAUCAAAAUAUUGUUAUUACGUUAAGAAACAAAUAACGACAUAAACUACUGAUAUCGAUUAGGUCUCCGUGCUUCGGAGGGCACGUUAAGCCGUCGGUCCCGGCUGUCAUACGAACAUCUUUGAGAGUCGUCACGAGCAGUCAAAUGCUCGCAACAUUUAUGGGGAAACCAAUGUCCAUCGACUAAGAUGAAAGAACGUUGAGUUUCCUUCCGUGCUUCGGAGGGCACGUUAAGCCGUCGGUCCCGGUUGCUAUACCAAUUUCUUUAGCGGUCGUCACGGGUAGUCAUAUGCCCGAUACUAAAUAAGGGAAACCAGUGUCCAUCGACUAAGAUGAAAGAACGUUGAGUUUCCUUCCGUGCUUCGGAGGGCACGUUAAGCCGUCGGUCCCGGCUGUCAUACGAACGCCUUUGACAGUCGUAAUAAGCCAAAAAACAAAGCCAAACGCGGCAAGCCUCUUAGGGUAGUUUUUGAUUAUUAUAUUUUAGUAUUUAUUUUAGACUUUGUGAUAUAUUUGUAAUGUGCGAGAUUGUGAUUAUCCCAAGAUGAUUGAUGAAUAUAAAUUACAAAAUUCAAUCAUCUCUUUCAGGACAAUGUAACGUCACAUUUGGGAACAACGAAACAAAAAUUCAAAGCAGGAUCCUGAAAACUUUCCUCUGAAAUUAUUUCGUAGUAUCGAUUGUCUUACUUAUAAUCUCCACACAUUUUAUAUAUUUAAUAUGUAUUUAAGUUUAUCCCACUUUGACAGCUUGUGAUUGAAUGCAGCUGGCAUAACCAAAAUAUCCUAGUAUUGAGUCCGAUUGCAAGAAUAUGUUUGAAUGUAAAUUUUCAAGUGAGUUUCAAACAUUUUUGGCCUAACAUAUCACGUUACGUAGAGCCACCAACAUUGACUAUUAGUGACUCUACGUAACCGUGACUCCCAGUCCCACAGGUCAAGUAAUCAAGUGGACUGAGCUCCCGCGACCGCGCAGGUUUAAAUGGCAAUGAAAUAGGCAUUUGAUAUAUAAAAAUUACAUCUUUAGAGAAUAUACCGACUUUUGACAUAGACACUUGUACAUCUUUCAAAGAAAUAACACGGAAAUGAAAUAGGCAUUUGAUAUUAAAAUAUCACACAAAUUAACAAAAAUUCUUUACAAUACAAAGAAAUAGUCAUUGAAAAUUAUAUCUCAUCUAGUUACGAAAUACCUGAUUUUAAAUAAACACAUACAUUGAAAUUAAAUAAACUGGGAAUGAAAUAGACAUUAUAAUUUUGGACGUUGAAAAAUACGGUCUUUGAAAUAAACACUUACAACACUUAUUAAAAUAAAAUGGAAAAUCAAUAGACAUCAAAUCGUUUGACAUUAUAACGUCGACGUAUCACUGGCUUUUAAAUAAACAUUUAUAAUCACUUAAUAUAAAAUGGCAAAGAAAUAGGCAUAAAUGAGUCCUGCAUAGGAAAUACAAACUUUUACAAUAAACACUUAGAAUCCAAUAUAUUAACACAAUGGGAAAACCAUAGGCAUUGAAAAUUUUGACAUAAACAUUUUAGAAAACAUCGCAAUUUGAAAUAAUCACUCAAAAUUCCUUAAAAUAAUAUAUAACGGCAAAAAAAUAGACAUUGAAAAUCGAAUACAACAUAGUUAACAAAAAUAUACAUUGGUUAAAGCAAUAAGCAUUAAUAAUUAAACACAACUUCACAUUGAAUCUUCAAGUUUGCUCCGUCUCCUUCGUUACUUGUCCUGUGCUUAGGUUAAGGAACUAACGUCAGAGGUCCGUAUGAUAGUCCCAGCCACGUGUUAGUGUGGCUGUGACUAUCAAGCGAGAUGUAUCGUCUCCCGGCCGGCGGGCCUCUUGGCGUAUAAGGCCGGCUUGAUUGCCGGCGUUGAUAAUGCCUGUAAUCGGGCCAGUAUUUAGUACUUCCUUGCUUCAGAAGCUACCUACAGUCUGAUAUUUUGAUCACUUUUUGAAUGUAAUGGAAGACCAAAGACUGUAGCUACAGAGUGGUAAAUUGUAACUUAAACUUUGUCCGUGUGAUGUGCAUCGGGCUUCAGUUUCUAUUAUUCAUCAAAACUGUCGGAAACUGCUUUGGAAAAAAAGAAACUGAUUCACGGUCCACCCUUCGAUAUUGAAAUUUGUGUUUUUCUGAAGCAAUAAAAUGUAAUAAAGUGCAAGUACUAAAUACUAACGUCUCGUUAGGCUAAAAAUGAUUGAUUUCCACUUCGGCG